AGAAGACAAAACGCUGACCUCGGGAAAACAACGAGUAGUCAGUUUCACGUGGGCCGGCUAAUGAGACCGUAGGGGCUUGCAAAGAGCAGCAACCAUAUGGCACCAGCAUGGACUAACGGGUCAAGUCGUUAGUGCUCUUUCAAUCUUGGAGCUAAUGGUUCCAUGAUCCCUCUCAGACAACAAAACAUUUCAUGGUGGUGUAAGCUACUUUGCUACUUUAGGGCAGAUUUGGGUGUCUGUUCUAUGUCUUUUUUUCCCCAAAGCCAGAUGGCAAGGGUAUUGCUGUUAAGUGUCAUCGAUGAAGACCAAGAAAAGGAAUACCCAAACAUUAAAAAGAUUCAUACAAAUAUUAACCAUUUAAUUCUUCAACAUCCUCCUCAUAAUUCCAGAUUUCUCAGUGUCAUUUUUCAUGUCCCAUGUCUCAAAUUCACUCAAAUUAAUUUGAGAUGCGUAAAUAAUUGAUGUUGUCCAUUGUUGGCCACAAAAAGGACCUGUUCAAUGUUAAAGAUGGUUUGGAUGUACCACUUGUUCACUCCCUAAAGGCUGUGACCGAGUCUUACCCUUAAGGACAGUAAAGAUUAAGAGGAUGACAAAUCAGCCUUUGCUAACACAGCGCCUAGUGCUAAGCUCCUUGUUUUCAAGAAGCAACCCCAACCCCCCCCCCCCAAACAACUUUGGUUCACAUACUCAUUUUGGAAGCCAGAAAAUAAGAAGACAGUGAAGUAGUGUCUGCUCCUGCAACUUCGAUAGCAUCUUCAGUGACCUCAAGACACUUCAGGAACAGCCAGCAGAAGGACCUCUACACAUGGGAAGGGACCUUGCAUGUUCUGCCCUCAAAUAAACUAUAUUGGGACCUGCCUUGGUUCACCUUGGUUCUUCCUCACUGGAUGGACCUUUUAAACGAUUGAUAGAAUUAGGAAGCUGCUUCACAAUCCAGUUUGGAAGUGUAGGUACUCAGAAGAACAGGAUCUUCUUCACAGAAGAUACUUUGUGCAGCAGUAUUCUCAGGAUGGAAGAGCCCAUGUCUAAGAGCAACAUGUCACAUCCUGAAAACAUAAAUGACUUAGGAAUUCAGCAUAUUCCCGAUGGACCUCAAACAGACAGAUCCCCCCCUCACGGAGCAGUCCGGGGUCUGCUGUGCAGAGUGUGUGCUGACUCCAGCAGCGGUAAACACUACGGAAUCCACGCCUGCAAUGGCUGCAGCGGGUUCUUCAAGCGCAGCAUCCGGCGGCGACUCCUCUACAGGUGUCAGACGGGUACCGGAACAUGCGUUGUUGACAAGGCUCAUCGGAACCAGUGUCAAGCUUGUAGACUGCAAAGAUGUCUGCAAGCUGGCAUGAACAGAGAGGCCGUGCAACACGAGCGACAGCCCCGAAGUAUGGCGCGGGUCGGCCUGGACUCUGAGAGCUCAGACGUUGAGAAGGAAAACCUCCCCGACGCGCGGGACCCUGCCUGCAGUCCGCCCGGAACGUUGCCCCCCGGCCGCCCCCUCCUCUGCUCCUCUGUCAGUUCAGCCGCCUGCACGCCGCCCUGCAGCACUAGCCCUGAGGACCGCCACCCCCACCUGCAGGGUCUCAGCAACCCUCCCAGCAGCAGCAGCUGCAGCAGCAGUCCCAGGAAGCAGCACAGGCUGAUGGUUAGCCUGUUGACAGCAGAGAUCUGUGCCAAGCGGGACCCUGGAGAGGUGGAGGAGACCCCUGAUAUGACUGCAGAGGGGCCAAAGAGGGAGCAGAGCCAGGCACCCUGCAGGGUCUAUCCCCUGUCCGGCCCGGAGAGCUUGGACCACGUCUCCGCCCACCUACUCUUCAUGGCAGUGAGAUGGGCCAAAAACAUGCCAGUGUUUUCCCACCUUCCGUUUCGAGACCAGGUGAUUCUACUGGAGGAGGCCUGGAGUGAGUUGUUUCUGCUCAGUGCUAUCCAGUGGGCCCUGCCCAUGGACAAGUGUCCCCUCCUCUCUCGUCCAGACCGCCCCUCCUCUGAGCAGCCAAAGGCCAGUCUCCCAACAGUGGACCUACACUGCCUGGGAGAUGUCUUUGACCGCUUCAAGGUCCUGGCUGUGGAUCCCACAGAGUUUGCCUGUCUGAAGGCGAUCGUCCUGUUCAAGCCAGAGGCACGCGGUCUGAAGGAUCCAGACCAAGUGGAGAGUCUGCAGGACCAGUCCCAGGUAUUACUGGGCCAGCACAUCCAUUCCCUUCACCCCAGUCAGAGUGCAAGGUAG